AUGGACACCGAAUCCGAUAGCCCUCAGGGGAUCACCAGCAGUGCUGAUCGCAUGGUUGGCAUGGAGCACUCUGAAGUCCGCUACUUCACUAGCUACGACCACCACGGUAUCCACGAGGAGAUGCUUAAAGAUGAUGUGCGCACACGCUCCUACCGCGACUCCAUCUACCAAAACCGCCACAUCUUCAAGGACAAGGUCGUCCUUGAUGUCGGCUGUGGAACUGGUAUUCUGAGCAUGUACGUAUCCGAUAAUAAGCCCGUGCUCUUACAUCUCUUGUUAACGGUUUUGUUUAACAGGUUUGCUGCUCGUGCUGGCGCAAAGCACGUCAUUGGUGUUGAUAUGUCCUCCAUCAUCGAGAAGGCCCGUCAGAUUGUCCACGUCAACGGACUGUCCGAUAAGAUCACUCUUCUCCAGGGUAAGAUGGAGGAAGUUAACCUUCCUUUCCCUAAGGUUGAUAUCAUCAUCUCCGAGUGGAUGGGUUACUUCCUUCUGUACGAGUCCAUGCUGGACACCGUUCUCUACGCCCGUGACACCUACCUCAACCCCGGUGGUCUGAUCUUCCCGGAUAAGGCCACCAUGUACGUUGCUGGUAUUGAGGAUGGCGAUUACAAGGAUGACAAGAUUGGAUUCUGGGACAACGUCUACGGAUUUGACUACAGCCCCAUGAAGGAGAUUGCUCUUAACGAGCCCCUCGUUGAUACCGUCGAGAUGAAGGCUCUUGUGACCGAUCCCUGCCCGAUCAUCACCUUUGAUCUGAACACUGUCACCACGGCCGACCUUGCCUUCAAGGUGCCUUAUGCCCUCACCGCCAAGCGCCCCGACUUCAUCCACGCCUUGAUCGCCUGGUUCGAUAUCGAGUUCAGCGCCUGCCACAAGCCCAUUCACUUCUCCACUGGCCCUCACGCCAAGUACACUCACUGGAAGCAGACCGUGUUCUACCUACGUGAUGUCCUCACUGUCGAGGAGGAUGAGCGUGUCACCGGCUGGGUUGAGAACCGCCCUAACGAUAAGAACAAGCGUGACUUGGACAUCAGCAUCUCGUACAAGUUCGAGACCCCUGAUGCCACCCGCGCUGCUGAGGGUGGCUGCUUCUACCGCAUGUGUUAA